UCGACUUCUUCCCAUAAUGCAAUUUUCCAUCAAAACAAACAUGGUGGCCAGGUUGCUGAAAUUUUAAUCUAAAAACCUUCGAUUUUUGCAUCUGGCUGUGAUGCAAGCUGCCUGGGCCCCUCAGCAGGGUAAAAUGCCUGGAGACAGUUCGUUGAAGAUGAAAUCUCGAGUUGCGAUGAUGAGGAGAGGAAGAAGUAGUGCAGAGGGGGAGUCAAGACUGGACAUUGAUACAUCAGAUAUUGUGUUACCUCCUCACAUCAGGUCAAGACUUGAUGAUCUUUUUACUCAGAUAGAAAGAGAAUUUGAAUUGCUUUAUGCAGAGAACCUCGCUCUACAUGAUGAGGUUAAGGUCCUGAAUAAUCGCUUAGGGAUCGGCGAGCGAGAAGAAUCUCAUGAACCAUCUGAUUCGCUCUUUGGAGUCAAAGCUUUAGCCAAAAAAUCUGGAAGUCAAAUUUCCCAGAAAAUUAAAACGACAUAUAAAGCGUCAACUAGUCGAAUCGUAUCUAGUUUCAAGGCAGCAUCUUCGGGCUGUCAGCAAGUGAGGGAGUAUCGGGGCCAUCGUGAUGGGGUCUGGGAGGUCAGUCUGUCAAAGCAUGGACCCCAGGUCAUCGGGACAGCAUCAGCUGAUUACACGGCACGGUUGUGGUGCAUUGAGACGGGCUCCUGUCUGCUCCAGUACAACGGCCAUUCCGGUUCAGUCAAUUCACUGCGGUUUCAUCCGUCACAAGAUCUCGUCCUGACGGCGUCGGGGGACCAGACAUCACAUAUCUGGCGGGCUCAGAUAAAUCUUCCCAUCCCCUUUAGUGGGGAUUUUCCAGGCGUUCAUGGCCUACAAAAAUCACACUCCUCGGGUGAAGAAGAGGUGGAGACGUCAGAAAAGGAGGACGCACCAGACGACAUCGGGGACCAUGAAGUGACGGUCGUACGCUCACCAGUCUUGGAGCUUCACGGGCAUACCGGCGUCAUAAUCGCUGCCGAUUGGCUCGCUGGCGGCACCCAGGUUAUCAGUGCAUCAUGGGAUAGAAUGGCAAACCUUUACGACGCAGAAACUGCUGAGGUCAUCAAUACAUUGACAGGUCAUGACUCGGAAUUGACUCAUGUUUGUGCACACCCUGCGCAAAAGCUUGUUGUGACGUCAUCAAAGGACACCACGUUUCGAGUUUGGGAUCUGAGAGACAAAUCUAUGCAGGUCAAUGUCUUCCAGGGACAUACACAACCUGUGACGAGUGCAGUAUUCGCCGGGGUUGACAUGGUAGUGUCGGGCAGUGAUGACCGCACGGUCAAAGUCUGGGAUCUGCGCAACAUGCGAUCGCCGAAUACGACAAUUAGGACGGAUUCUGCUGUGAAUCGAUUGGCCAUAUCACAGUCGAGUAUGACGAUCGCCAUUCCUCUCGAUAAUCGCCACGUGCGACUUCACGAUAUCCACGGUGUCCGACUAGGGCGUCUGCCACGAAAUAACAGACAGGGUCACAGCCGAAUGGUGUGUGCUGCCACCUGGUGUGAUGAUCAUCCAAUGUGCAAUCUUUUCACCUGCGGUUUUGAUCGGCGGGUGUUCGGUUGGAAUGUCAACCCACAAUCCAAGGACUAGCGAUGCAGGGCUAGGACUAGGCUAGCUUAGGAUAAUCUACACCUGAUAAUGAAUAAACUCCUGGUCAAGUCUGGCUGAAAGAACUGUUUAACUUGGAUCGGGCUAACCGGGAUACACUACCAGUAUCAGCAAAUUACUCUAGUUUCACCAAUCUAAGACCACUUCUCAUGUUCUUUCAUGAACUUAGGUGGUUGGAUUUCUAUAAUUUCUCUUGUAAAAACGAUUUUAUUAUGCUCUUAGAACAAUCUAUUUGAUGUAGCGCUACACCAUUGUACUCAGGUUCAACGGUACGUGCUGGUGUACAGAAGUUGUUCGGGCGAAAUAUUGCGAUCUUGUGGACCAACCAACCUCGACAACAAACCUUGUCCGCAGACGGCGAUAUUGCAAUGUGUGUUGAUAUACAAGUACAUCAUGUGAUAGCUUAUAGAGGGGGGAGAGGGCUACGAUAAAAAAUGGGAAUUGGCAACAACCAUUUGGAUUGUAAAACCUUGGUAAAGAUAGCUUUUAGGAGUUUGAUUUAAAGCUCAGAAGUGGGUUCCCCAAUUAUUGGGUGAAUUUUCUAGUCUAGUUGGCUUUAAAGGCCCAGUACAUUGAACAGAUAACCCAAUCUUGAUAACAUUGACAAUGUUCACAUGCUGAUAUUGCGUGCAUUUAGUUGUAACCUAUUCUCGGUCAACUUGACUUAUAAUGUAUCAUCCUAAUUUGGAUACUUGAAUGGAACAUAUCACAAAAUGUCACAUUUUCCAUGUCAACGAUUGUACGGGAAAAUACUGCAAACUGCAAAACUUUCGAGCAUUUUUAUUGUUGAGAUUUGCGAAAUUUUUCUUUUGGGGGAUUAAUUUGAUUAUUUAGUUUUUCUGACCAAAAAAAUAUUUUUUUUGCUUUUUUUCUUCGAAAUCAAGGCUAAGCAAAUCUAUAAAAAUCAAACGCUCAUGAAUAAUUUAGUGGUGCACAGUAGAGAAUAUCUUGAAUAUUGUAAAUAUUAUUCUACUGUAAGUUUGUUGGUUCUGUGGUGAAUGUGAAAAUACUUAGAUAAAGUGUGAUACUUGGAAAAAGCUUUGGUAGGUUAUCAUUUCGUAUUAUUGUAAUGACUGUAGUGAUUGGCCACAGGGCGUAUUAAAUGAUAUCUUCCUAAAGUGCCCUGCAAAUGAGCAAAUUAAAAUGCUGCCACCUGCAAUUUUAAUUGCACUUGAUGAUCAAUAUUAAGCUGAGCGAUUACCAGUUUUAUCUGCAGAGGAGAGAUCUUCUUGUCGCACAUCGAAGCAAUUAUAAUUGCAGGUAGCAUCGCCAUCGAUUCAAAUCGCAUGUUUGCAACAACCCUGCAUGGCUGAUAUUUCAUUUGUCUUUGUGAAAUUUGUUUUGUGUUAUUGUUUGUUCACUCUUUUAGGAUUGGAUUAAAACAUUUGAAAUCCAAUUAAAACACUACUGCGGUGUAUUCCCAUUUACCUUUGCCACAAAAAAUACAAUCAAAAUGAGCAGGAUAUGCCUAAUGCUUUUUGUCUGAUGACAGUUGUUGCUCUAUUGUUUAUGUGCCAACUUCAAAGAUCAUUAAAUUAAAAUAAUUUGUAACC